AUGACUAUGUUAAUAGGUAUUGACGAAAUUGAUGUAAUGAAUCUUCGUGAAUUUCAUGAAUUCACAAUAACACAGUUCGAUACUAUACAAAUCCUCCAGCAUUUAAAACUUUUACCAACAAAAUCAAGUAAUGAUCAAUCUUGUAAAGAAAAAUGUAAUGCUUGGUAUCUUGGUUGUACUCGAAACAAAGGAGAUGAAGGUAUGUUUCUUAAAAAAAAAGAAUGUCAAUAA